AGGGCCAGAAAACAAAACCAACAAAAUCCAACUUUGAUCACCCAGCAACCCACCCCUGAAGGUAUCCAUCAGAGGGACCUGGGGCUUAUGAAUCAGGUGGUGAUGGUUUCCACCCCACCACCAACUAACGAGUUAGAAAGCAGUGCCCUUGUCAAACCAAAAACUUCAGGGCUUCUUCGCAUAGAGAAAGUACCAGUUAAGUAUCUAUGGGUCCCAGAAUUUCAACGCUUAGAAGUUACAGGAAUUGCCAGUCCAGAGGAAAGGGGGAAAGGCACCGCAAUACUUGUUGCAGGUGUGCCUGGAAAAGAGGAGCUAGAUGAUACAGAAAUUCCAACUUUGCACUUCACUGGGUUUGUACACCUGGAGGCUUUAAUAAAUAAAUGUUCACCAUCCUCAGAAUACAGUCGCCCAGGAACCCCAGGAAAUCUGUGGAUGGAAUCUCCAGAAAAUGCAGAGUCCCCAGGAAGUGAUGAUAUGGAAGUAGCGAGAAGCAUGUAUCCUUUUAGAGAAAGAUCCAUCUUUCGGCGUUCCUGGGCAGAGCUCUUAGAGGCACCACUAAACAGUGAGGGGCUCCAUAUUAUCCAAACAGAACAUAUUCACAAUGAAGAAAACAGAGAUAUGGGUUGCAACAAACUAACAUUACAGGAAGAAAAUCAAGUAAUCCCCCUUCCCAAAGAUCAACAUUUCCAGGCUUUGCAAGGCCCUUUCCCCUUGUUGCCUGAGCGCCCUAAGCUCCAAAGGCAACGUAGUCAAAGCUUGCCACGAUACAGUGAAUUCAGAGGCCAAUAUUCAAAUACACCUGAAUUCAAAGGAAAUGCAGAAGAAACGCUCUUCCCACGGGAUCAUAAUUUACUAACAGAAGAAAAUAUCAAGGAAAGACACAACAUGGAGGGAGCCUGGCAAAGAGCAAUUCCAUCAAAUUCUGGAGAACAUUUUCCCAUUAUGCCAAGAUUUGACAAUUCUGCAAUUCAAGGAAACUUUGGAAUUCCUGAGGAUAAUUCUGCACGUCCCAGAGGCAAUAUGAGAAUUCCCCAGAGCAAUGUCAAUACUAUCCCCAUGGUUAAUGUUGGAAUUCCUAUAGAUAAUCCUCAAGUUCUUAGAGGCAAUACUGGAGUUCCCAGGGGCAGUGGUUUUAGAGUUUACAUGGGCAACAGUGGUAGACCUUCCGGACAUGUGGUAUCUUCUCCACUUACUGAGCUCUCAAAGAUAGGUGAACACCAGCUGUAA